CGGACGCGAGACGGGGUGGGUGUGUCACUUUGGACUCUGAAUAGAUCGCGAUGUCAAUGUAUGUAAUGUUUAGUGACUAUGUGUGAAGUGCGAAGUGGUGAUUAUAAGUAGUGUCAGUAUGGUCGCGGGGGUAAUUAAAACAGAUAAACGUGCAUGGAACCAGUUCAAGUCCGUUUUGCUUCUGCAUCUUUUGUUCACUUUUCAUGUCACAAAAGCGCAAAGUCGGGCGCCUAGGAUAAAAGAACACCCUGCAGACACGAUAGUCGGGAGAAGUGAACCCGCUACAUUACGGUGUGUAGCUGAAGGGAAGCCCAAACCAACGAUCCAGUGGUAUAAAGACGGAUCUCCUCUCGCACCUACUGAUCACCCUCACAGGGUUUUACUGGAAGAUGGACUCUUGUUUCUUAGAGUUAUGCGUAGCAAGAAAGAGAGCGAUGAAGGCGUGUAUUGGUGCGUUGCGCACAACACAGUUGGGGAGGCCGUCAGCAAAAACGCUACACUCACUAUUGCUGUACUUCGCGAAGACUUUCGAAACGAACCUAGGGACGUUAAAGUACCUAGCGGCGAGCCGGCAUUUCUUGAAUGUGCUUCUCCAAGAGGAAUACCAGACCCUUCAGUGCAUUGGACAAAAGACGGUCACAGUUUAGAUGUCGAAGUAAACGGAAGAAUAACGAUCAUAGACGGUGGUAAUUUAAAGAUUCUAGAAAGUCUUCCAUCAGAUAGUGGCGUCUAUAGAUGUCUUGCGUCUAAUGUAGCCGGAGAAAGACAAUCGCGUCCUGCAACUUUACUCGUAUUACGCAGACCGCAUUUUCUAGUGAAACCCAAUAACAUAACGGCACUAAUUGGUCAGAACAUUGAGUUUCAUUGCCAAGCUACACCCGAAUCUGAUGUUUCAGUAACAUGGUCAAGGGAUAAAGGAUUAUUAUCACCUUAUGCAAUAAUACGUCGAGGUUCUUUACGAAUUGACAGAGUUAUGGCUUCAGAUGGCGGCACUUAUACUUGUCGAGCUGAAAGUCAGGCUGGAUUUAGUGUUGCUUCUGCAACGUUAACAGUUCAUUCAUUGCCCCAUUUCACGCGAGUUCCUUCAGACCAAACGGCGUGGGAAGGGGAAUCUGUAUCAUUUCCAUGCGAGGCUGAUGGAACACCGAAACCGAUUGUAUUUUGGACAAUGGAAGGAUCUCAGGAAUUAGUAUUUCCGAAUUCAAUACAUGGGACUGGGUCGCUUUAUUUGGAUCGCGUGGUCACACAACACGCUGGUAGAUUGACUUGUGUAGCUGUUAGUGCAGCAGGCAGUGCUUUACACACAGCCACUUUGCAGGUUUUAAGAAGAGAAGCUAACUCAUUUAAUGGUAAUUCUGAAUCAUCAUCCCCAUAUCCAGAGUUAAAUAAACCUCAGAAUCAUCCCCCGAUGACGCAGUAUGAAUUAGUUCAAGCACGUCGGUAUUUGCAACAAGAUGUUUUAGCUUUGAGGCGAGUGGAAGGAAUUUCGUCUACAACAUUAAAAAUUGUUUGGGAUGUGUUAACAGACUACAACGAAUAUUUAGAAGGAGUAAAGAUAUGGUUUAAUGGAACAUCACUUAAUCGACAGUUUAUCGUAGAUGUACAAAAUUACGAACAAUCAAAUAAUUCUUUAGAAAGUUUUAUGGAGUUAACUAAAUAUGAUAAUUUUUCGAUGACCACCGUCCAUAACAGUGGUUCAUCAAGUCACCUGUUAACUGGGUUGAUACCAUAUGCACAAUACAAUAUAUUUUUGAUGCCAUUUUACAAAUUGCUAUUAGGAAAACCGUCCAAUAUGCGGAGCGGUUUUACGGAGGAAGAUGCUCCUUCUGCACCACCUCUGAAUGUAUCAGCUGGAGUAAUUAAUGCUACAUCAGCAUGGAUUCGUUGGGACCCUCCCCCUGUACAUACAUGGAAUGGUGAACUUUCUGGAUACUUGAUUGAAGUUCGUGUGGGUGGGGGUAACAGUGGUCGAGUGGUAGGCCAAAUGUCACUCGGAGCACGCACAAGGGCAGCAGCGGCUAGCUCUUUACGUGCGGGUGGUAGAUAUAGCGCUCGAGCUGCUGCAGUUACGCGUCGCGGCCACGGACCUUUUAGUACGCCCGCUCACAUACACAUGCUACCAACACAUACGCAGCGACACUACGUACAAACGGAACCUGCAACAGAUAAGGCGAUAUUGUCGAUGUUCCAAGAAACUUGGCUUCUCGUGCUCAUGUUAUUUUUGUUAGCUAUAAUAAUAUUAGGUUCGGUUACUAUUGUUUAUUUUCGACGAAAACAAUCGAAACAACGAAAGAGUCAUAAUUCUGCAGGUACUCCAAUUACAAAUACUCAGUGUUUAUUGGGUAAAGAGGCAGUGUGGCUUCGAGAAAGACCUUUAUAUGAAGGGUCUAAUGAACCUCGAAUAGAAAUAUUGAAUUGUCAUCAAAGUCUAUUGCACAGUGGACACACAAUAGGUACAAUGGCUAUGGAAGCUGAAUACAGUCUUCCACAACAUACAAGCGCUAUUAAUAUGAUGUCACAUGAAGAUAAUAGACGACAUCCUCCAGAACCAUACGCGUCAAGUGCCAUUUAUACGGAACUAAAUUAUCAAGAUCAUACGGAUGCAGAGGACUCUUGUAUAAAAUGUGCAGUUAGUCCCGAAUCGUACGAUAAUAGUAUGGCAAGAUCAUUCGCUGAUAGCAAUCAAUAUUCAAAUGAAGAAUGUUCGACAUGCUGUCGAAGUAGUAGUUCGACACUGACGAAAGAUUACAGUGAAAUGACGAAAUGUGGAAAUGACGCAGACGAUAUGCAGGACAUGUCCUUAGACGAAUGUCCAUCUUGUAAAACUGCUCAGUCACGGUCGUCUAGUCAUCACGGUGAAAAUAAAGAAUGGACAGCUAUCGCAGAUGUUGAAUAUGACUAUCCGCAAUGGCAAUGGUUGGCUCGAGAAAAUACAUUUAGGCAAAUGACUCAAGAAUCGAAACAUUCCAGCCAAGGGAGGCGAAGUGAGCAAAAUUGUAGAAUGAAUCUAUGCGAUAUUCUUCCCCCUCCUCCCUACGAAAGAGAAUCACCGUAUAGAGAAAUGCAUGCAUUCGCCAGUAACUCUGGCGCGUCAGGUUGUUCAGGUCAUACUUAUCGCAGUUAGUGUAAUUUAUUUUCGAAAGAUAUCAUUAGACAGUAAUAAAAGCAAUACUAACUUUAAGAAUGUACAUAUACAAUGUAAAAAAGGUUGUCAAACUUUUAGAAUAGGGGAUUGUCACACCGCUACGUAAAUUAAAGUUUGCUUUGAAAUAUGAUCUUACAAAAUUUAAUGAAACAAUUAUAAAAAAAUCUAGUCUUAUUUGUCUUUAUGAUUAAUAUACUAUAUUUAAAUUAAAUUUAAAAAGCGGUGUCGAAGCUGGUUGUACCGUAAGGGUUGUAGUAUGUGAACGUGUUUCUAAUAGACUGCCAUAUAACGUAAAGUAGUAAAAAUAGAAUUCAUCUUUCUCUAGUGUCUGUGAUAUAGUAUAAUUUUGAUUGUUUAUAAUUUUGUACAUAAUUUGAAAUAUUUGAUAUCCUUAUACAAUUUUUAACUCUUACCUAUAUAUUGCAUGUAGUUUAAUAAAUUUAAAACAGGACUUUACAUGAAAACUCACAUUUGUAGAUUUUUGUACUGAAUUCCGAUUUGUAGACUCAUUUAAUGGUUUUUUAUUUGUAUAUUUUGAUGGCCCGUAAAAGUAUAUUAAAUUAUUAUUACAUUUCUA